AUGUUGGAGAUUUUUGGUCUCACGGAUACCUUGUCAAGAUAUCUUCAAAAAAAGGAUCAAGAUAUUUUGGAAGCGGCUUCUUUGGUGAAAGUGACAAUGAAUACGCUGAAAGCUUUAACAAAUAAUGGAUUUCCUUCAAUAUUGGAGAAGGUCUUUUCUUUUUGUCAAAAACAUAAAAUUAAAAUUGUGGAAAUUUCCAAUUGUUAUGUUACUCCAAGAAACCAUAGGACCAAGAUUACUAAUCAACAUCACUUUGAAGUUGAUAUUUUCAACACGAUUUUGGAUAUGCAAAUUCAAGAGUUUGGGAAUCGUUUUAGUGAAGUGAGAACCGAUUUACUAGAAUACAUGUUGGCUUUGAGUCCGUGUAAUUCAUUUUCUAUGUUUGACAAAUCAAAGUUUGUGAAGCUAAGUGAGUUGUACAAAAUGGAUUUUACUGAUUUGGAAAGGGUGCAUCUUGAUGGUCAACUUGAAACCUAUUAUCACUCUUUGAUUGAUGAUGAGGGAUUUGCUAAUUUGAAGGGCAUUGCAGACCUUUCUCAUUUGAUGGUGGAAACCGGAAAACAUCGUUCUUUUCCUUUGGUUUAUAGAUUAUUAAAGUUGCCUUUGGUUUUGCCCGUUGCAACUGCAACCAUUGAAAGAUGUUUUUCCGCAAUGAAGCUCUUGAAAACCGAAUUGCGUAAUAAAAUAGGUGAUGAUUUUAUGAAUGAUGCUUUGACUUAUAGUGUAGAAAAAGAAGCCCUUGUAGACGUUAGGAUUGAACGAGUGAUGGAGCGCUUUCAAAAAAUGGGUAAACGAAGAUGUCGACUUUGA